AUGCAGAGAAGCGGUGUCUCUAAAAAUGAUGCUCAUGGAAGGGUUACUCCACAGCCUGUCCUUUCAAAUGGAAUGAUAAGAAAGAAGAAGGAAAUAUUAGAGAAUGCUUUUACAGACUUGAGAGAGAAGCCCACUGCCAGUGAAGACAAACAAUUCGCAUCGUUCCUACCAAGUUGUGGAGGCAUAGAAGGCAAUUCAGAAGGAGGAGAAAGAAAAAGUACCCACAAAGGGAGUAAUAAGCGUAAUGUAGAUACGAAAGAGGCGAAGAGGGGAAACAAAGGAUUCGAAAGUUGUAACGAUUUAGCGAAUGGCAAGAUUGAAGGAGAUGCUUCUUUUCACCCUCCUGAUGGUGAUAAAUCGAAAUGCACAAAUGGGGGAGACCUUACAAAAUAUACUUCGAAAAUAUGGUGUAGCAAAGAAUCUACUAAUGUGCCAAAGUUGGAUUCUGGACUUGCGCUGACAUUACCCAAUAGAGGUGAGGACUUACCAGAAAUGAUCGAUAAAAGAGGUGUUGCUAAGAAUGGAAAAGUUGAUAGGAAAAAGAAGGAAGGAAGAAGGAUAAACCUAAAUAAAAAGCGUGACCACUUAGAAAGAGAUGCCAGUGAGUUCUCAAGAGACACACUUCCCGGAGAGGAGGAGAGUAGCCAUUUGAGCCUUCAAAUUGGUGGUGCUAGCAUAUUAGGUCAUUCGAGCCUAAAUGAAGAGAGAAAAAAGGGGAGCCUCCCAUCGGACGAACCAAAAUUAGAAAGUAAUGAAACGAACACGUCUUUAAGGAGCGAGCUUAAGGACUCCAAAAUGAGUAGGAAGCAUAUAUGUAAAAGUUCAACAAUUCUUUCGCCCAGAAAGCGGCUCAGUAAAAAUCAAAAGAGUAGUGAAAAAAUAGCGCACGGAAUAGGAACGUCCGAUUCGAGUAAUGGACUAGAAAAACGGAGGAUGUUUAUCGAGCAUUCGAGGAGGAAGACAGUGUACAAUGGGGAGCCCAAGAAAAAGCGAUUAAGGAAGAAUGAAGAAAAACUGAAGAAAUGUUCUAUGGAUUCUUUCGAUAGGGGAAAAGGAAACAACUUCACGCGUGAAAAGGAAAAAGUGGAUCGUGAAAAAUGGGAAAAUAAAUCGAACAGUGGCAGAUUCGAGGAAGACUCUUCAAAAGGGAACAUUCUGGAGAGGAAGAAAAAAAAGGCGAAAUUGCCGCUAUCGAAAGGGAGUAAGCAGUUUGUAUCUUGUGUGAACAGUAGAGGGAACAAAAAGAAGGCAGGGAAAUAUCAAGGGGGUAAGCUAAGCUCUGUGGAGUCCUUAAAAUGUGACACGGACCAACGUAGUAGCCGUGCUGAUUUGAGGCCAAAUUUCGAGGAACAUCACCGGCAUGGUAGCAAAAAGAAUGACGAGAAGGUACUAGAAGAGACACCUUUAGGGAUGUUCAAGUUUUCCAAGAAACGCCUUCAUUUUUGCAGCGAAGGAGAUGAAGAGAAACGAAUUUUAUGCGAAAAGCAUCGUUCCUAUGAAAAAGUAGAGUCUGACCAAAAAGGUGAAUAUUUUUUUAGCGACAAAUGCAGGGAGAUCCAUUCAAAUAUGGCAGACAAAAAUUUGAAAAAUCGUGUCCGUCCAGACAUCAUGUCUAAGAGUCUUCUUGGGGGAGGACAGGAUAAUCAGUACGCCGGAAGAGGAGAAGGUUCCACUGAGGAAUAUUCCUAUGUAGCCAUAGAACAAGUUUCUAAAAAUGGAGCGCAUAACUUCUACUUUGAAAAGAGCAGAUACACCAGUUUAAGAGGGAAAUAUAUUCGACGGAGCGGCCUAGGUGAGGGGUGGCAGACACACAGUGAAGCAGAUUUGUCCGAUUCGGUGAGAUCUUCCCGCAUUGGCUACUUCAGUGGGGGUGAGCAAUACUCAGGUUGCAGUCACGUGGAAGGGCACUAUGAUGCUCGAAAUGACGGCAAAUACCGCUCUCAAUUUUUCUACGAAAUGCAUGAAGGGGGAAAUUUUGCAGGAGAGGUCGAUUUCCCCAGGGAGGACUCUCUUCUGAAAAACGGCAACAGAAGCGGUAGCAAACGCGAUAGCAGACGCGGUAGCAGACGCGGCCAGGAUGACCUCUAUUUAGCCUUUCAAGAAUCAACGCCCAAGGGGGAGAAGUCGCUCCCAGAUGAGUUGCUACAAAGUCAGCCGCCUCCUAGCACCGUGGAGAGCGAACAUAGAGACGACGCACAUUUGAGAAGACGCGAAUACGUUCAGGGGCAGAUUUGCAGAAUAUUGAAAAAGGAAAACUGGGACGGUGAAGCCGAAAGUUUGUUAAACCUUUUCUUCAGGUACGUGAAGGUAGAGGAAAGAUGCGACAAAAAUGGCCACACACUGAUUAGGAAGAACAUAGAAAGAGAUAAAAAGGGAAUUCGAAAGGGGGGAGGGGAAAAGGGAAACAGAACGGAGGUAUGGAAACAGAAACAACAAAAGGCAGAGUUAGGAAGGGGGGAAGGCGUGGGUGUGGACAAAUUGAACAAGGUCUAUUUGGAUGACGCCCCAAAGAGCCUGCCGCUGACCAUGCUAAUAGUAAGAAACUACGACGAGGGGCAUCUGCAUCAUGGGGAGCAGCGGAAGAAGAGGAACGAAGAAGGGAGGGUGAAUGAAAAGGUAAGCGUAAGAUACAAAGUCGAGUUGACAGGGGUGAAAAAUCCCAUGGGGAUGAAGGAAGCAGUCGAGAAGGAAAAAAAACUGUUUUCAAGAAUAGAAAGAAUAUAUGAUUUUUGUGCUUCAGAUGGAGAAGGGUGUGGGGAAGCCCGUCGAGAACGGCGUGACAAUAACAUGGGGGACAGCUUUAUUCCAUUUCCUAACAUGGGGUGGAGUUGUUCCAAGGAAGGUUAUCAAGAUGAGGUGAUAAGUGUUCACUCCGCCUGGGCUGAGGAAAGGAAACACGUCUUUUUCGAUGAUGAGGGGGAGAAACACAUUAAUGCAGACAUGAGCCACAUGAGCGGAAAAGGCCUCAUGCCUGAUGAUGCCCUUUUAAGGGUUCCCAAAAAGGGGGGAAUUAACAAUAGUAAGAAGUUUGGAAAGACAUCCCCUUUCUCCAAAUGGAAUGUUAAUGUGUGUACCAAAUUGAUGAAGCAGCCUGGAGGAAAAAACGCUCUUGUGAAAAAGGGUUCUCCGAAGGGUGUAUCUAGCCAUUUGGACAAAAAGGCCUCUCUGAAAUGUUUCUUUAGCAAAGCAGUACCUGUUGUAGGUGGAAAGCCCAAAGGAAUCGCAACUCAAAUUGGCACGUUUAAAAAGUCGUCCUUACCGAGAAAAUCUGCAUUGGAAGGAAGUUAUCCAAAGAGCAAAGAUGUUAAAUGGGGAGGGGGGCAUCAUGUGACUAACUUUAAAGAGUAUCUUACAGAAAUGAGAAAUAAACGGGGAGGUAACAAAACAAAGAAGCCUUCUCCAAAGGAUGGAAAAGAAAGGAAGGACUCAAGAAACACCCAAUGGGGUUCUCCUAUAUCAGGUUCUAUUGGAAAAAUCGUAGAUGAUAAGAACGACGAGGAGAUUAUUACAGACAAUUUUUUUCCACCAACGGGGAUAGAACCAAACGUGGUUAAGCGGGAAAUCGGGAAUCGUCCAAAAGGUGAACUGGAUUCGUAUAGGCAGUUAAAAAAAUCUUCAGGAGAUGUCUUUAAACGGGGAGGAAGUAAAAGAAAAGAACACUUCAAUCCUGCAAGUCAGCCCCCGAGGGAUGUGUUGGACCCACUGGGCAGUGCGCAUAAUGGUUCCCAAAAGUGUCGGCAGAACGCGGUGGAGAGUAAAGACAAAGUAGGAUUUUAUAAAGAUGAAAAUUUUACGGAGAAAAAAGAACAUAAGGAAGGAGAAAACGAAGAAGGAAUCUCUAACACGUUUGAAGAGCCAUAUGCGAGGAAGAACAAUCGGGAUGGUGACCACCCCUCUAGGAGCUUUAAGAUGGAUGGGAAAAACUGCAAAGCAAUUGAGAAUGACGCCAAAAGUCUGGAUGAAGGAGGUUCAUCGGGGAAACCUCCUCAAAGGGAAGGAGAACCGACCUCUAAUAAAACGGAGGAAGGCACUAAAACGUUGCAUCCAAAGGGGAGAAGUGAAAAAGGGUUAAGUUCGCCAUCUAAGGAUGGAAAAAGGAAAAAGGAAGAAAAAGGAAGCUAUCACAGUAGGAGAAGUGAUGGGGUGGUGGACAACUUUCACCCUAGCGUGAUAGAACGAUUUUACGACCUUUCCGAGCGUAGCAAGGUGGGAAAGAAGGAAGCGAAGGAAAGCCGUUUAGAAGAAGAAGUGGAGGAAAGAGAUUUAGAGCAAGCGGAUACGCUUAACAAGGAAGAAGGAUGGCCUCAGAAAUUAGUUAGGUCCAUUCAGGUAGCAUCCCCAAGAAGAAACCCUCUUAGACGCAAGGGUGCUCUCACAGGGGGGAAGAGCAUAUCACACUUUGUGAGCAAACAUGGGAAGGAAAAGGAGCAGAAUUGUGAUUUGGACCCAUCAGAAGAGAACAGAAUUGCGAGGGGUAGAGACAAAGAGGCGAACACCGCCAAAGGGUUUAAUAAGAAGAGCGAAUUUUAUCAUUUUACCAAUUUGGGGAAAAAUGUGGAGGAAAAUAUUUCCCCCCUAAUGGUGGCAGAAGAGGAGGGGGAUCCUUUGAAGUCUCAUCAAGGGAGGAGUCCCGUCUCAAGUGUGAGCAAUAAAAAUGAAAUAAGGUUGACUCGGGCCACUCCCUCCAACGGAACGAGCCAUAUGUUUAAUGCUCCUAGGGAGGAAGGUACUCACGAGGGGAAUAACCCCAAGGGGACAACGAACCUGGUGGGACGCCGAAUAAGCAGUCCUAUCGCUCGAAGGGGAAAACCAUUUCCCCCCGCAAUGGGCUCAUUUCCACACAAAAUGACGCUGAGCGAAAUGGACAAAUCAGUUUUAAAAAAUGAAAAAAGGAUGACAAGAAAUUCUAACUAUGUCGAUUUAAGGCAUAUGAAAUGCUCCAUGAGUACCCUCGAAUUUUUUCUUGAAAAAAGAUAUCUGAAAAGAAAUAGUCCAGGUGAAGGAAAGGAUAGUACUGAAGGGCAGAAGAAGAAGGAAAAAAAGAAAAAAAAAAAAAAAGACAUUUCACUUGUUUGCAACCAGAGCGAGGGGCAAGAGGUGUCAAAACGUUUUGCGAUGAGUAAACGAGGAAAUGCAAAAAAAAUGUCAAACAGGAACAUCGCAAUUCCGAAGGGAGUACCAGAAACAGAUCAGUUCCCAAAUCUGAGUUGCACUGAGGGUGGCAAAGGGGGGCCCUCCAUCGGUUGGCCGCCAAAAUCGUUUAUUGAGAAGGGAAAAAAAGAAAAAGAAAGGAGGGUUUCUCCACCGCCAUCGGCGUCAUCAUCAGGAGUACCAUCAUCAGGAGUACCAUCAUCAGGAACACCAUCAUCAGGAGCACCAUCAUCACGAAGGUCAGCCGCCACAACAUCAGAAACCCCCGCAGCAAACCUCACGCAAGGUGCAGAAAAAAGAGAGGCCUCAAAAUUUUCACAAAUGAAGGGAGCACACACAGCAUGCACGUUGCGUUUAAAUGACGAAACAAAAGCAACCAGUUUUGCAUAUCACCUCUUGACACACAAAAAGGACGAAACGAAACGUAAAAGACCAAGUCAUGUCUACCCGAGUAAAAGCAGCCUCAGUUAUAGGCUAACAAAUCUUGUUCGAGUCAAACGAAAUAUAUACUUGAGUGAUAGCCACGUGAGACGUUCGCCAGGGAUGGAUUCCAUGGGGCGAGAAGACGCGGGAGGGAGUUUUACCAGCGAGGAGGAGGAAACGCAGUCAGAAAGGGGGGUGGAAAAGAGGGAAGAAGCCUGGGGGGGUGAUGAGAUCGGUCAGACGGAGGACAACAAAAGUUACCAACCAACGGCCACACAGAAAGACAACCACGAAGAUGCAGGCAAAAUCGCGACAACCCUCUGCAAAGCUCCUGGGGAGAAGACCAAACAGACAGACCAUCUGCUAACCAUAAAAGUAAACAUCAUCACGGUGUUCCUACACAGCUCAUACGUUAAAAGAAUGAACAUGGACGUAAGUUACAACAUACAGGUGACUAUUUAUUGGUCCAGUGAUAGGAAGACAAUCGAAAAAAAUUGCAGGAAGGAGACCUUCCCAUGCUACUUCACAUCGCACACGAGCGGCAUAGGCUUAAGCUCUGACGCGUUCAAGAAGAUUGACGCAAUGUGCGAAAGCGAGUCGAGACAGUUCUUCAAACUGGUUGUAUCUUGUCGUCGGGAGAGGUCCUUCCUCAAAAAAGAGUUCAUACGAAUUUACAGCAGGACGUUUCAGGCGCCCAUAGAGUUGAAAACCUACAUCCUGAGUAGGAACAAGAAGUACGCCUCCGAAACGGAGAGCUCAAACGACGAGCUGUACGAGAUGAAUGGUAAUGCGGCGUAUGGGUGCGAGGGGCACAUCAUAGUGCACUUGUGGAGUAGCAUAUAG